CUCGAACGUACCAUCUCCGCGGACGGGAAGGCCGACCGGGAGAUCACGAGCCGCAGCUAACGAGCGUGGAAGCGCUACCGCCGGAACGGUGCUUCGAUGUACGACAGGCGACGGGCCAACCGCCAGCUCAAGAUCCGGCUACUCCAGGCUGAAGUGGUGGAGACUCUCCUGUAUGGGUGCGCCUCGUGGAGCCUAACAGCGGAGCACUACACGAAGCUCAAUGGGACCCACCGCCAGUUCCUUACACGGUGCAUCGGCUGGAGCAAGCGGAAACGCUCAGACUGCCCCCUGCCCUAUGCCCAGGCCCUCAUCCAGGCAGGCUGCGAGGAAACCAUCGAGGCCACCGUGCGCAAACGGAGACUGUGUUUCGCGGGCUUUAAAAUGCGCAUGAAAGACAGCCGCCUCCCCAAGCGCAUGCUGGAGAGCGACUGGGUGUCUCGUCUAGGAGAGGACCUCGUGGCCUUUAACAUGGGAGACGAAAACGAAGGGGGUAAAUGGAAAGAGAGCGCCAAGGAUCCGGAGGUGUGUUACAACAAGGUCGAGGANACCAUCGAGGCCACCGUGCGCAAACGGAGACUGUGUUUCGCGGGCUUUAAAAUGCGCAUGAAAGACAGCCGCCUCCCCAAGCGCAUGCUGGUAGGAGCGAUGGCGGGGGGCGUGGGAUACCGGGGCGGGCAGGAGAGCGACUGGGUGUCUCGUCUAGGAGAGGACCUCGUGGCCUUUAACAUGGGAGACGAAAACGAAGGGGGUAAAUGGAAAGAGAGCGCCAAGGAUCCGGAGGUGUGUUACAACAAGGUCGAGGACGGGGCGGCAUUGUUCAUGAGGAAAUGGCACAGGCAGGAGGCGGAAGCGUCCGCGAAGCGCCAGCGCGCGAGGGAAGCAGAAGCAGAGAGUACGGCCAUCUCAGGACGGACGAGAAAGAGAGCCGGGGAAGCGGCGGUGGGGGGGGGAAACGGCGACCGGGCACUGCUGUAGAAGCGAGUAGCGGUCGAGGCAGCACUUGUGGCUAGCAGAUACGAACAAGAGCUUGUGGCAAACUAUGUACCCGGCUGAUGUUGUUGCGCCCUGUUUCCCUCCCUGCUGUAUGCUAUACUCCUUUAUGUAUGUCCUUUGUUGCCUUCGGCCUCUGUGCUGUGUUUCUCUUUUUUUCAUGACCUCCCUANUACACCCGAAAUAUAGGGGAAGCCACUACUAGCCUAAACAUGUACUUACGAAGUAUAUGUGCAUCAUGAUGGAUACCCUUUAGUCUACAUCCCAAAUAUAGGGCAAACCAUUGCCUCAGCCACGUCAAGGGGUCCGUAGGCUAAUGGAUAAGCCGCUGCCCUUCGAAGGCAGAUAUUGUCGGUUCGAGUCCGGCCGGACUCGUAAACCUUUUUGUACAUUUUCCGUCCCCUUUUUUUUUCUACAGAGUAGAUACACACCUGUUUGCUCCGUUACUCCCAUGCCCUGGUGCGUGGUGCCUGGUGCUGAUACGUUACCCUUUGAUUUUUUCUUGUUUGUGUAUGUACUCGGCAGGAUACAGAUNGGGGUUACGCAGAUAGAUAUUGUACAUGAUGGGUGCGAUGGACUUGACGCGUAGGCUCUGCUUACCUGCCCAUGUCUCUCACUCGUUAAUAGUUAAUCAAGGAACUUGAGUCACUCCUUUGUGCAACACGCUCUCGACAAGAGCCCGCGAGCGUGAUAACAUAGUACACGCGCCGACACCCCAAACAUUUCUUUGGGCGGGUGUGGGAAGUGUCCUCCUAUAUUUUUGUUUUUUCGAUUUUCUUAAUAUCACACAACAAAUCCAUCUCUAUCUAUANAGAAUAGGGUAAGAUGUUAUCAUGAACGGAGAUGAAAGGGCUUUUCCAACACGGAGAUGUAGCAUGGAUCAAAGCAUUUGUUGGAUUUCAGCUUUUACAAGCGGACAUCAACGCAGUAGUAUUUUAGCAAGCUUACGAACGCAUAUAGGAUACCAUCAGGAUUGUCAUUGGGCAUGAGGGGGGAGGGCGCAGAUGGAGAAGAGGGAAGCAGCAUCUACAGGAGUAAUCUAGAUCCGCUUGUCCCGAGAGCUCAGCUUUCCAGGUGCUCAAGGUGUUCUGCAAGCUGUAUCGGAGGACAUACAGCCACGCACGUGCAUGUAGUCUACAGCACCUUUGCCACGAUUCCUCGCAAACCCAUUCAUCAUUCGGUUGGCUGGCUACUGUUGUUGCUGCUGCUGCUCCUGCUGGUGAUCCAAGGCGGAGAACUAGAGAUAGGCUCCAGUCUCCUCCCGGCAUCGACUUUGUUGUCGGUCUGGUGAAUCGCAGCAAACGGCAACGGAGAGGCUUCCAUCACCGGUCCCACUGAAGGGGGCCAGUCACCAGCCAACCCCCCGCCUGGUUGUAAGAAAACGC